GCCGCAGUCGCGGGUAUUUAACGUAAACAGUGCGCCCAAGAUUUUCGCGCCAAAGUGGAGUGUAUGAGCAUUCAGUGAGCAAGCUGCAGUCGCAUGUAUUGGCAUGUAUGGCGCGCCCUUGUCAUAAAAAGAGUUCGUUUUUGUAGUCAUUUUCUUAUUAGUUUACAAUAAUUUGAGUGUUAAUUUUUUAAAAGAUGGGGCAGUCGGACGAUAUUGAUGAUUCUACGUACAGUAGACAUCAGGAAUUAUGUCAAAAGCUGAAUAUGGAUGCAACAUCAGCAUCGGAGGCUUGGAGGUCCUACGAAACCAUAAGACAGAAUUAUUCACUCGAGGGCGAAGCAAUUCACUGGAUAGGGUGUGCUUUAUAUGUUGCUUGUCGCAAAACUCCUACUUCAUCUUCAGGAAGGUCUUCGUCAAAUGUCGAGACUAACAGGGUGUCAUUAACUCGACUUUUACGACUUUGCAAUUUACCUUUAUUGGAAUUCUUCUCAAAAAGCAAACAAUGGGCAGAUAUGGCGAACAUGCCACAGGAUUUUCGUUUUAGAAUUGAGAAACUCGAGCGAAACUUUGCCGUCUCUUUCAACAUCUUCAAAAAAUACCAACCAAUUUUUGCAGACAUUUUUCAAAAUCCCGCAGAAACUUUGCAGCCAACAAGAUCGCGAAGGCAAAAGAAUAUUCCAUGCACCCCAGGAAGAGUAUUUGAAUUUUGCUGGAGUCUUUUUGUAUGCAUAAAGGGUACAAUUCCAGCUAUUUCCGAUGACUUAGUCAACUCGUACCAUUUACUUUUGGUAUGCUGCGAUCUUAUGUACAAAAAUGCUAUUUUAAAUGAUAGACGUGAUUUAUUGAAUCCCAAUUUUCCUGGCCUACCGUCGAAUUUCAAUGAGGAAAGUUAUAUUCCGAGUAAAACGGCGAACUGCAUUCUUGAAUUGCUGUCGAAUCGUCACGACGCCAUCACGGUUGAAGCAAUGAUCAUCAAGGAACAUAUUUUUAAAAAUCUUUUGAAUAAAUUAUUCGAUGAUCAAGUCCUUCAAGGAGAACGAUCCAAUUUUUCCGAGAUCUUAGAAACUACAAAUUUCGAUGCUAAUUUCAAGGCAGUUAAUAAAUUGUACGAACAUCACGUGCUUUCCGUUGGUGAUUUUGACGAAAGAAUAUUUUUGGGGGAAAGUGCAAAUGUCAAUAUUGGUUCACCUAGAAGAAUAAUAAAUGUCGGAGAUUUGCAAGAGCAAUUUCAAGCGAGACGAGAGUCGGAAGGAGGACAGGUUCAAAAUUCUGCGCCACCAACUCCAUUGACCGGUCGAAAAUAUUUAAGACCCAGAGAUACUUCAAGUGUUGCGCCAGUUUCCAAUGCCACGCAAAGUGUCAAUCGUCUAUUUCACCUUUUGAACAGACGGCAAGGAUCACCAAGUGAAGCUUUGCUCGAAAUUUUCAACAGUUGUUCACGUGACGUUAAAACUAUCGUUGAAACCAAAGUUAAAGAGAUUGGAGAUUUAUUUUGUGCCAAGUACACACAAAACACGAAUGGAACGGACAAUUCCUCUUUGGAUUUUGGAAAGAAAAGAGUUAAUCUAGCCCAACCGCUAUUUUACAAAAUCUUAGAAAUGAUUCUCAAGGAUGAGAAAAGCAAGAAACCUAAUGUUGACAUUACUAACUUAAUAACGAAUGAAGUGUUCGUUCAGUGCCUUUUCGCUUGUUGUUUGGAAAUAGUUAUUUACUCGUAUAAAAAUGAGGACAGAACAUUUCCCUGGAUAUUGAGCGCCUUAAACAUAGAGGCAUAUUAUUUUUAUAAAGUUAUUGAAAUUACCGUGAAGGUAGAGGAACAAUUAUCAAGAGACGUAGUUAAACAUUUAAAUUGUAUUGAGGAGAAGAUUUUGGAGUCUUUAGCUUGGAAGAAAAAUAGUCCACUGUGGCUGGCUAUUGAAUCAACCGAAGGUGGCGUUCCCAGCUGUGAAGAUGUUUCGUUGCCAGGUUUUGCGGAUUCAAUUGAACAAAAUAUACCCGGACAUCCUGGUUUGCGAAGAAUUGCUCUCGAUCGUGGUACACACUACGAUAUACAAAGUCCCAUUUCUUCAGCAUCCGAAAGAUUCCAGUCGCCAAUCUCCUCAACGGGUGUACCAAAAAAACAAUUAUUUGGCGACAGCAAAUCCAGUGGUCACAGUUUGCUUCGAGUCGGUGGACAGAGUGUGUUGACCUCGAAAGUUUUCUACGUUUUGCCAGAACAAACGUCGACGCCAAAAUCGACAGCUUCGAAUUCUAGUUCUCAAAGUAGAGAAGCAACAAGAUCAAAACGAACAGGCUCUGUGGCAUUAUUUUUCAGAAAAUUCUACAAUUUAGCCGCAGUUCGUAUGCACGAUUUGUGCCACAAUCUAUCGAUUGAUGAUGAGGAUUUAAAGAAGAAAAUCUGGACAAUAUUCGAGUAUUCAAUAAAAGAGGCGACUUGCUUAAUGCGAGACAGACAUCUCGAUCAAAUUCUCAUGUGCGCCGUGUACGUGAUUUGCAAAUUGGCGAAAAUCGAAAAGAAUUCAUUCACUGAAAUAAUGAGAUGCUACCGUCUUCAGCCGCAGGCGGAAUCACACAUUUACAGAUCGGUGUUGAUUCAAAAUGAAAAUGAAAAUGAUGUCUCAGGAGACAGUGAAAAUGGAUUGAAUGCACAGGUGAAUAAUGUCGCGCCUCCAACUCCAUCGAAUAUGGCAGGAACUUCGCAAAACUUUGGUUCAGAGAUUCGUGGGGACCUUAUAAAGUUUUACAAUACAGUCUAUGUUCCGCCCGUUAAAGAAUUUGCGAAUAGAUUAGGCAUAGGAAGAGCCAAUCCCACAAAUCUGACACUCAGUCCUCUGCCCCGAGGCAAAUCAACCAAAAAGUCUCCCAUCAAGCGCAUCACGGGCUGUGUCACUACAAGAAUAAUGGACUCGAAGGCUAUUUCCGCUACUCCAGCGCCAACACUCAGUUACUGUCUUGGUCGCAGUCCAGCAAAGGACUUGGAAGCUAUCAACAAAAUGGUAAUAUCGGUAGAUGCCAAGAAAUCAGUUGGAAAGCGUUUGCUGUCGAACGAAGGGGAAGUUGAAAUGUCACAAGAAUCGAAUAAAAAGUAUAUGACAACUGCUUUCGUUGCACGAAAGCUAGAGAAUAUAUUGGACGAUCGUCGCAUACAAAAUCAAUAGACUCAUGGCAAUAUUAAAAAAAAACUUUAAAGUAACAUGUAAAAAAAGGUAAUGUUUACAUAAAAUUUAAACAAAUCAAGAUAAAGAAAAAUUCACAUCAUGAAUUAUACAAAUCAAACUUUUAAAAAAGCUCACGUUAGUAAAUGUAAAUGUUCUUUUUUACUUAUUUCAAUGCUUUAUAUUAUAAAUUAAAAAAUGUAGGUUUAAUUAAUGUUUGCAUGAAAUACUCUUAUUUUUUUUUCUUUUACAAAGUAUUUUCACGCCCAAAAAAAAUUGCGUUCUUUGAUAAACAGUUAUUGUAACUGUAAAUUUCUUUUUAAUUAUGACCAUUUAUUUCUGUUUAUUAUUUUUUUUGUUUAAUUCAAACUUGUGUUUAACAUAAUUAUGUUAAAAGAAACAAUAGUUAUUUCUAAACGCAAAGUAAUUUUUUCCGGAAAUUUUAUUUGAAAUAAUGUUUAAAAACAGAUUUAUAUGUGCGAAAAUAAUUUUUCAUUUUCUGCAUUAAAAAAAAAUUCCAAUAUGGCGAAAAAUUUGAACGGCGGGGCCGUUCUCAUAUUUUCAACAUUUUUAAAGGAAUUUGAAAAAAAACUUGUCGUAGAUUAAUUGUAUUGUACGUACUUUAAUUUUGACUGGCUUCUUUAAAGAUUUUUUUUUUAAAGUAAUGUAAUAUGUAUUAUCAGCAAAGAGUAUCAGAGAAUAUAUAUUAUACAAGUAUGUUUUAAGUAGAAGUGAGUAACCUUCGAAACAUUGAUAGCUCAUUAUUUUUCCAAGCAAGUAUUUUCUUUAAUUCUUAUUAGUGUGAAAUAAUUGACUAACUGAUUUGUUUUACUAAUCCACUUAUUCAAAUUAUCCUGACAGAACGACAAUGAAUUUUCUGAAACAAUAGUUUUUUAAAGUAGACGAGGCAGUCAUUGUAAAAAUACAAUAAUUUGAGAAAAUUGUAGAUUUUUUUUUCCUUAUAAUGAAAUUUUUGUAAAAUGAAAAUCGAGAGCGAUAAUGUUUGAACUGUGAGAAACUUGAAAUGAAAACCUGAAUGUUUUGAUUAAUCUAAAUAUCACAAUCAUAAAAAUAAUGUGAAUAAAAUUUAACGUUGGUUCUCAAAACAUACAAAUGCGAUUCGGGUGAUAUAGAAUUACUAUAAAUUUUCGAUCUAGGGAUAGGUUGAAGAAUAUAAAAUAAUUAAUCGUUAUAUUAAUUUAUAGCUAAUAAAGAGAAGCCGUCAAAGUGCAAGACCUCUGUAAGAACUCGUCUUUAAAGAUUGAAAAAAAAUUAUGCGUUUACAUGAGCAAUAAAAGGGCUUGAAGUAUUACACGUUUUGAUAAUGAUUAAUUGAAAAGUGUCAAAAUUAUAAUUGCUCAAGUCCGUUGAUCUCAUAAUUAUUCUUUUUUUUAUUGCUAAGUGAUUUGUGCAUAAAUGAAAAUAAGAAAGUUUGUUAUUCGAGGUAUUGCAUAAUUUGUAAUCGACUGCUUCUUGUGUGUAUUUUUUAGAUUUAUCGUUUCGAAUAUUCGUUUAAUUUGCGAAUACCUAUUUGUUAUAUUAUUGUGAUUCUAUACUUGGUGUAGCAGACGCCUCUAAAGUUUUAUCAGGAUAUAUUGAGUUAUUUUUUUGUAAAUAGUACAUAUUAACUCUAACUACAUUAGAAAAUAAAGAUAACUCUAAAAGUUUA